AUGCUAGCCAAUAGCUUUUGGUAUCUGGCUGUGCCAGUUCUAACUCAGUUAUAUGUUUACCUCUGCAUAUGUGUUAUCAACCUAUUAUUUUACAGCUGGCCAGGCCUGUCUGUAAAAGCUGUCAACCAGCUUUCAGAGUGCAUGACCAGAGGCUGCACCUGCAUCUGUGAAUGGUGGCAUCUGAUGGUUGUUGAACUACUAGCUGCAUCUACCUACUUCUGUGACACACCUUACAACUCUGCACCCAUACCUCAGAUAAGCUGUUAUUGGAGGGGGAGUGGGUCAAGAUGUCAUGAUUUGAGUAACAUUCAUUGUCAAAGAGCACAUUAUGCUCAGUGGCUUGUUUUCAUUUUCUACCAACUUUACUCUUGGCCACACCAACAAUUUCAAUUGGAUAACACAGUUCCUAUGGGCACUUCACUGAACACUUACAUAAGAAAUUAUGUCAACCUCAAAGGAACUAAGGCAAUGUGCCAUGAAGGAGGCUGUGGCUCAUGUAUUGUUAUGAUGACAAGAAAACAUCCUGUAAGCCAGAAAGUGGAAUCAUUUGCAGUCAAUUCUUGUUUGAUGCCAGUAUUUUCAUGCCACAACUGUAAGAUAACAACAAUUGAAGGAAUUGGUAAUAGAAGAAUUGGGUAUAAUGCAGUUCAGAAGACACUUGCUGCUUUCAAUGGCACACAAUGUGGGUACUGUUCUCCUGGAAUGGUUAUGAACAUGUACAGUCUGUUACAGAGAAGAAAGAACAUUACUAUGAAAGAUGUUGAAAACUCUUUUGGUGGAAAUAUCUGCCGAUGCACUGGAUAUCGCCCAAUACUUGAUGCAUUUAAGUCUCUUUCAUCUGAUGGUCCACCAGACCUCAAAGGCAAAUUUCCAGACAUUGAGGUAUAUCAGUUUAAACUUUGCCCAUAAAGUGGGAAACCAUGUAAUGAAAACUGUGCCAAUGAUAAUGACAAAUGUGAUCAACAGAAAGUGCUCUCAACACUACAUUUGGAAACACAACAUGCAGAGUGGUUUAAAGUUGGACACAUUGAUGAUAUUUUCCUUGUUCUUGGUACAAAGUCUGAUAAAAAAUAUAUGCUGGUAGCGGGUAACACAGCUCAUGGUGUGUAUCGAAGAAAACCUGACAUUGAGAUAUUCAUUGAUGUUAGUGAUGUUGUGGAACUCAAGAAAUUUACCAUUGAUUCAGAGAUAACAAUUGGUGGAAAUAUGACUCUAACUGAAGUUAUGGAGCUAUUUUAUGAUGUUUCAAAAUCAGACAAAAAUUUCAGUUACACCAAAAUGCUUGCAGACCACAUAGACUUGGUGGCAAAUGUUUCAGUUAGAAAUGCAGGAACAGUUGCAGGAAAUCUGUCAAUUAAACACAUGUAUCAAGAGUUUCCAUCUGAUAUUUUUCUCAUUCUGGAAGCUGCAGAUGCUAGGAUCAAUAUAGGUACAAAUGGCAAGAUAUGUGAAUCACUGUCCAGAACAGAGUAUUUGAAAAUUGACAUGAACCACAAAAUUAUUAAAAACAUAACAUUGCCAUCCUAUGAUGACAGUUACUAUUUCAAGACGUACAAGAUCAUGCCAAGAGCACAAAAUUCUCAUGCUUAUGUAAAUGCUGGGUUCCUAUUCAAACUGGAUGUGAAUGAUGUGGGAAAAAUUAUAUGCAAACCAAGAAUAGUAUUUGGCGGUAUCCAUUGUGAUCUGAUACAUGCCACAGAGUUAGAGCAGUACCUCGAAGGUGAAAAUAUAUAUGAAUCAAGUACACUUCAGCAGGCUCUCAGAAUUCUGGAUUCUGAAAUACAGCCUGAAAAAAUGCCACCUGAAGCGUCGCCUGAGUACCGGAAAGGUUUGGCAGUAGCAUUAUUCUACAAGUUUGUGCUGAGCAUAUCCCCGGAGAGUUUGAAACCGAACCUGAGAAGUGGGGGUGCAAUGUUAAAGAGACCACUUUCUUCAGGAAAACAGGUAUAUGACACAAAGAAGCAGUUGUGGCCACUAGGAAAACCAGUAUCAAAACUUGAAGCUCUUUUCCAGUGUUCUGGAGAAGCAAUGUAUGUAAAUGAUUUGCCAACCAUGCCAGGUGAACUACAUUGUGCCUUUGUUGUUACAUCUAUCGCAAAUGGUCAUAUAAGAGACACAGAUCCCAGUGAUGCUUUGGCUGUGCCUGGAGUGGUAGCAUAUUAUGAUGCAAAAGAUAUUCCAGGAAACAACAACUUUUACCCAAAAUCUUUGACCAGCUUUACUGAUGAGGAGGUAUUUUGCUCUGGAAAUGUAAAGUACAAUGGACAGCCAGUAGGCAUGAUUGUGGCAGAGUCACAUGCAAUUGCAGAUGAAGCUGCCAAAUUGGUGAAAAUAAAUUAUGAUGUUGUAAAUGAACCCAUCAUUCACUUGAGAGAUGCCCUUAAAUCUGGAGAUAAAAGCAGAGUUAUGGUGAUAGGUGAAAUUAAGCCGACUGAUACUGGAAAUUCAGGGCAUCCAUGUCAACCAAUUGCCGCACAUACGUACUGGUUCUUAAUUAUUGUACAAAGUUGCACAGCAAGUGGCCCUACACCCCCCUCUCCAUUGAGUAGCACCGGGUUGUCUCCAUUACACUUGGUACCAAAAAAGAAUUUAGCAUGGUGCCCCUGUGGUGAUUAUUGGGCCCUAAGCACCAGAACUGUGCCCAGUCAUAAUCGUGUACCAUCACUUUGGGAACAUAAUUUUGUGUAUCAAGAGCAUCUUACUGAGGGCUCAGAAGAUAGGAAUUAUGCCACAGACAAAGAUCUGCAAAGACCUGUGUCAUUUCUCCAGUGUCCUCACUUUCUAUCACCAACAUCUACCACAUGCAGCAGAGUUGCAACCAUCAUUAACAGUGGCACUCACCAGUCCAAAGAGCAAGAGAAACUCAGAAACAAUAUAGUGGCUGGCUGCCUCUCCCAUGUUGACAGCACCACUCAUUUGACUGAUUUCACUGAACCCAUGGCAGUGCAACAAUCAGACCAGGAGUUGCCCGACCUUUUUGAAGACUCUGAAUCAUUGCUUGAACUUCAGAUAGUAGUGAUACCCAGUGCUGAUGCCAAGUUCCACUGCAAUGUCUCUAGUGGCAAACCUCAUCCUUUUUACCCAUGGAAUUUGGGAGGUGUGCUUCUGAUAAUAUACAUAACCUGUACCAUUUGGUCAAGAAAGAAUGAUGAGACUGGGGAUGGACAUGUAUUAAAUAUCAAUGCAGCAAAGUCAACAGACAUGCAGGUGCCAGUGGGCAUCUUCCUGGAUAUACCAGUUCGAUUUGCAAAUGUUCAUAUUGGUACUUUUGUCCUCUUACCUCCAUCAAAGAGCCACCACUAUUUAUUAACAAUGAUGGAUUGUUUCACCUGCUGGCUGGAAGCUGCACCAGUAAACAACAUCUCAGCAGAGAUCUUAGUUUCUGUCUUUGUUUUUACUUGGAAUGAUGAGAUGUCACCCCACCAGCACUGGGAUGAUAGAAUUGUUAUGUCAGAUGACCACUUGUUACAACUUCUGCACCAUCAAUGUGAAGAAGCCCUCUGGACAUACAAUAUGAUUGGUUUUUGGCACUGUUCCACUUUCCCAGAGAGUAGUCUUAGCAUUCUAUUGUUAACUGGUUAUGGAGUUGCUUUUGACUAUUGUACACCUGAAUUUUUGGGUCGAUUCUACUUCCAUAAUCUAUCUCUUUCUAUAUCAGCAGCUAAUAGUAUGAGUGCAGUAAUUUGUUCAGACAGCCACAGACCCAAAGCCAUACUGACAGGUGUACGAGUUCUGUUUAAUGUGACAAAAUCAGCCUGUGAUAGAUUCUCCAGGACAGUGAGCAGACUUUUAUAUAGCUUUCCUCAAAAUUUUAUUUUCAAUAUGUGGUGUGACAAUAGAGAUAUGGAUGAUUUGCUUAUAAGAAAAGUUACUGUAAAAUUUGUUGUUAGCGUAUUUAUCAAGUGUCAGAAGCCACACUGUAACUUCUUGUCCAUGACUAUGGAUGUAAGUCAUAACUUGACCUUCAAAAGGACAAACAAUAUUGAAAAUAUCAUCAGACUUCCAUAUCACAACUCGACAAAACUAAGAGUUUCUACUGAUUUAUUUGAAUACAGUUGUCAAAUUUCUUCAUUUAUAAGCUCAGGAAUUAAUAACAGUUUCUACAGUGAUCAGAAAAUGUUUACCCAAGUGUUCAAUAAGUUUCUUUGUUGUAUCAGUGAAGCCUGUGGCGAAUCCAUCAUCAACCUAAAAAAAAGCAAGAAUUCAUUUCUUUCUCCAUUACUUUCAUUCAUUCUUCAAAAUUUUCUGACUUCACUGAUUAUAUGUAAUUUCUUGGCAUCUCACAAAGAAGCAUCAUUCUUGGAUAUUUUUGAUAUAGCUGCUUCAGAUUCUAAUCUACUGUUUUGUGAUGUCAUAAAGCUAAUAUUUAAAAUUGUUCAGGAAAUCUCAGUGGUGGGCAUUGGUGCAGUCUGUUUUCCUGAAUGGUUCUCAUUGGCCAAUACAUCCAGAAAUAUGGUUUCUGCUUUGCCUUCCGUAUUCUUUGGCACAUCAGCUGAUCAUUGCUGGCUAAUGAUUGUUGUGUGUGUUGCUUGUGUUUGUGUAGAGGGUUUCUAUGAACAAUCACAACCUUCGACAAGUCAAGGAGGAAAAAGAAGAAAGAAAAAUCAAAUUUCAGAGUCAAGUCAUGAAGAGCUGCAUGAUGAUGAAUUGUUAAAAAACCUAAGUGGGUGUGAUAACAGUGAAGAAGGAGACAUGAAGUUUCCUCCAAAGAAAGGUGUAGAAUAUUAUGCUGGACAUGUUAUUACUUAUGAUAAAAUUACAUUUCUGAGGAAAUGGCAUUCAAAGGUGGAAUCAGAUGAGGCUUCUUUGUGUGACCUAAUGUUCCCGAUGUGUCACGUUUUGAGAAAGAUGAUAUUUAUAGGAUUCCAGCUGAUCCUAAGAAAUGAUUAUAAAAUUUUUGAAGUCACCCCACUUUAUGAAAGAAAAAAUGCAAAACAUGUCAUUAAAGGCAGCUUCGACAUUGGCAAACAGUAUCAUUACACAAUGGAAACCCAAUGUGCUGUAUGCAUUCCAACAGAAGAUGGUAUGGAUGUUUACGCUGCAACACAGUGGAUGGAUGAAACGCAGAUUGCAAUAUCCCAAGCCCUUAAAAUGCCAGAAAACAGGAUAAAUGUUCAGGUAAAAAGACUUGGUGGAGCCUAUGGUGCUAAAGUGUCACGUAACAUGUUGGUCAGUACAGCCUGUGCGCUAGCAGCACAUCUUCAGAACAGGCCAGUUCGUUUCAUUCUUCCCCUUGAAAGGAACAUGGAAUCAAUAGGCAAAAGACAUGACUGUGCUAUGGACUAUGAAGUUGGUGUGGAAGAUGAUGGAACCAUAAUGUAUUUGGAAGGAAACACAUACCAUAACAUUGGGGAUUCACUCAAUGAUCAUCCUGUACUUUUUACUCUAUCUAACCUGCCAAACUGCUAUGACACAAGUACAUGGAAAGUGACAGCUAGUGUUGUCUUUACAGAUAUACCAUGCAACACCUGGUGUAGAGCUCCAGGUACUACUGAAGGUAUUGCAUUCACUGAAAACAUUAUGGAGCAUAUUGCAAAAGUACUUGGAAAAGAUGCUAUUGAGGUGAAGUUAAAGAACCUGCCCAAAAAUGAUACAAACAUUGCUGAUAUGGUCCCUUACUGGAAGAAUAAAUCCGAUUAUCCUAAUAGAGUAUUGGCAAUUCAAGACUUUAACAAGAAUAACCGCUGGAGAAAAAGAGGAAUUUCAAUUGUCCCUAUGAAAUACAGAUUUGAUUAUUUAGGUAAUUUUCAUGCAAUUGUAUCAGUUUAUGCUCGUGAUGGAACAGUCUCAGUAUCACAUGGAGGGAUUGAAUGUGGACAAGGAAUAAAUACCAAGGUUGCUCAGGUUUGUGCCCAUGCUCUUGGAGUGCCACUAGAGUUUGUGAGUGUAAAGCCUAGCAACAUUUUGACAUCUCCUAACAACAUGGUCACUGGUGGAAGCAUUGCAAGUGACUCUUGUGUAUACGCUACACUGCGUGCUUGUGAGGAACUUUCAAGGCGUUUGGCUCCUGUGAAAGAAAAACUCAAAGACCCCUCCUGGCAGGAGCUUAUUGCUGCAGCAUUUUUAGCAAAUGUCAAUCUCUGUUCAUCAUUUAUGAUGUAUGCUGGGAUCACAGAUGCCCUAAAACAGUACUACAUUUAUGGAGUAACUGUGACAGAAGUGGAAGUUGAUAUCCUAACAGGACAGCACCAGAUACUACGUGUAGAUAUACUGGAAGAUGCUGGAGAAAGCCUCAGCCCAGAGAUUGAUGUAGGCCAAGUAGAAGGAGCCUUUGUGAUGGGUCUUGGCUACUGGUUAAAGGAAUUCAUGGUUUAUGAUGAUAAUACUGGGAAGGCACUGACAAACAGAACCUGGAACUACAAACCUCCUGGAGCCAAAGAUAUCCCUAUUGACUUCAGAAUAGAGCUGAGGAAAAAUGCUCCUAAUCCUGUCGGAGUUCUUCGUUCAAAAGCAACUGGUGAACCACCCUUCUGCAUGAGUAUUAGUGCUUUAUUUGCAAUACGGGAAGCAGUACUGGCAGCUAGACAAGAUUCUGGAUAUUCUGCAAAAUGGUUUGAGAUGAGUACUGAAACCUUAAACUAUGCUAAGAAAGCUGCUGCUUCAAUCCUCCUGCUACUCCAGAAAAAGUUUUCCUUACCAGCUUCACAAACUACAACCAGUUUGAACUUUAAAAAUUGGAGUGUUAAUGAUGUUUUUGUUGUGCAUAUAUACAUCCACAAAUUAACAAUAAUCAGUAACUGA